AUGAGGAUUUCUACUUUCUUCUUUGCCUUUUUUAUAAUUCUCAUGUUAUCACCCGCUACUGAGCCUUUAAAUUUCUAUCAAACAGCAAAUCUUUCCACUACAUGGACCACCAAUUACUCGGAUUACCAACCCAUGCUCCUUAGUGAAAACAAGUUAGCUAUAUUCACCUGUGGCUUUCGCUGUGGAGGAGAUGGUACCUCGUGCAUCUUUUCCAUAUUCAUUUUUCCGAAUGUGCUUACACAUAGGACAUCUGAAGUCGUUUGGUCAGCCAACAGAGGCUAUCUGGUUAGGGGUAACGCGAUACUGAAUUUCACUUCAGCUGGAGACUUGGUGCUAAAGGAUGGAGACGGAAGCAUAGUUUGGACCACCAACACUGCAGGAAAAUCUGUUGCUGGCAUGAACCUAACUGAUACCGGAAAUCUGGUGUUAUUCGAUAACCAAAACUCUGUAGUUUGGCAAUCUUUUGAUCACCUAACAGACUCUUUGUUACCUGGCCAAAAGCUGUAUCAAGGUCAAAAACUGAAAUCUAGUGUUUCUUUAUCCAACUCAUGUGAUGAGAUGUACUUGCGCCUUUGA